ACGUAGCCGCGGGCACGGGAUGAUUCCUUCUACGAUGAUUAAUUGUGCACUAGGUGCUUUUCAUUUUCACAGCGUUUAAUUAUUUUAUUGAAUUAACAUGUUGUGUAUUUAAAUGAUGGUUAGAACACACACAUAGUAAUUUUCCUUUUUCUUUUACGUUUCUACUAUCUGCAUGAUUCGAUAAGCACUGUCACACUGCCUUUGGUUGAGGCACAAUAUUGUUAUAAACAUUUAGUAGUAUUAUGUUUUGUAUUGAAACAAUUGAAGUUAAUUCUUCCAUUUGUUUCAGUUGGCUGUCAUACCUUGUGUUCUAUGGAUAUGGACACAUAACCUGUCUUUGCAUAUGCACUUCCUUCUACGAUGAAUAAUUGUUCACGAGGUUACCACUAUCUGCAGUGUUCGACAAGCAGUGUUGUUCCAUAUACCACCGUACUACGGUGCCUCUUGAAAUCGUUCUGAUGAGUACUUUCCAAAAUACGCCGAGAGUAUUCCUGAUGGUGAAACGAGCGUUGCUUCAUCGAACGCAGCUAAAGAAAACAACAUCUAUGUAGUUGGUGGCACGAUGCCUGAAAUAGAGGGCGAUAAAUUGUACAAUACCUGUACUAUUUGGGGUCCCGAUGGAACUUUGAUAGCAAAACACCGAAAGGUACAUCUAUUCGACAUCGACAUUCCUAAUAAGAUUACUUUUCGAGAGAGUGAUUCACUCAGUCCUGGUAACUCCCUAACGACGUUCGAUGUGAAGGGCUGCAAAAUAGGUAUUGGCAUUUGCUAUGAUAUUAGAUUCGAGGAAAUGGCACGCAUUUAUCGGAACAAAGGUUGCCAAAUGCUGAUAUAUCCAGCGGCAUUCAAUAUGACCACUGGACCAUUACACUGGUCAUUACUUCAGCGUUUCAGAGCGAAUGAUAAUCAAUUAUACGUUGCCUGCAUAUCACCGGCUCGUGUUCCUUAAGCAAGUUACGUCGCAUGGGGACAUACACAGUUGACCAAUCCCUGGGGAAAGAUUCUUUACGAUUUGGAAACUCAAGAGAAUAUGGCAGUCACCGAUAUCAAAAAAAAAAAAAAAAAUUCAACAAAUAAAUAAAAAAAAAAAGUCACCGAUAUCGGUAAUUUACAGCUUAAAAUUAAAAGCGAGAGAUCCAUGAUGUAAUUAAUUUUUAGUCUCGUUAAUUUAUCGAUUUAGCCAUCUUCCUCUGUAUUUGUUGAAUUUAUUAGUAAGCAUUACUUAUUACUUCGUAUGUUUCUUUUUUCUAUCAGAUCUAAAAGUUGUUGAGGAAGUAAGGGCUCAGAUACCUACAUUUUCUCAGAGACGUACAGAUUUGUACGACACUGUCUGUAAGAAGGAGUAACUCUACACUAAAACAGAAAAUGUUUUUUUAUAAUAUUUCUACUACGAUAUCCUUUUUUUGUGAAUUAUUACUAAUUUCUUAUCAUUUGUGCUAAAUGAAUGACUCAAUUAAGAAAACCAAAACGUUAUAAAUAAUAAUCUGUAUAUCUUGUGUAUCAACAUGUAAUUGGAUAUUAUAAUAAUAUAGGAAUGUUAUAAUAAUAUAGGAUAAUAAUAUAGGAGAAUAAUAAUAUAGAAAAAAAUACAUGCUUUUAAACACCUUUAA